AUAUGUACACCUUAUGUAUUUAAAUUUAAAUUACAAAAAUUAAAUUUCUUUCCAAGUAAGUAAUAUUACUAAAGAUACAGUGGCGAUGAAGUGGUCGCUUGUAUACUUACUGUUCGUUUACAAUGUCUACACAGCCAUUUGUUCGGACACCACGGAUGUCUUUGAAUUUGGCACUAAUGUGGGGCAUAUCUCAUUCAACGUGGCGGGCACUAUUGGUAACUCGCAACAGGAUAAAUUAACCAGAAUUCCUAUAACAGUCGGUUAUUGUAUGAAGAUAACGUAUGUACGCGUGGAAGUAGACAACAAGCACGCACCCCCAGUGGUCGCCAUGGACUACAAUGUCAACACAAUCACCAUUAAAUACCGGUGGCACCAAAUAAGUACCUCAACGUACAUAGUCACCGCUAAAGCUGUACCGAUUCCGAGUUGCUCUAGUUCUAAUUUGACCUAAGUUUUUAUCUAUUGAAUCAUUAAUAAAAUUUAAUUUAUCCUUUUAUUAUGGAAAGAAAAAAUUUCUUUCCUCUAUUCCGAAAAAUCAGAUUCCAUAAAAAAAAAAUGAAUGAAAUGUUAUCCAUUUUAAUUACUUACUUCACAACUAUUGGUUGAGCCUUUAAACUACUAUGAGGUUAUUAAAAAAUAAACAAACCAAUCAACA